CUCUUCCUGUUCAUUACGCAUUCGCUUUCAGAGCAGCAAAAUGUCGGGCUUUCUGCGGGUAAUCUCUCGAAUCCGCGCCGCUCCGGUUCUGCGGGCGCCGACCAUCAGCCAGCGAGCUACCAUCACCUCACGACCAGCCAAGGGCACAGUUGGCCCCACUGAGACAGUGGUUGGUCUAACAUUGUUUACCCUUGCUGUCCUGGGACCAGCUGGGUGGGUUCUGGCCAACCUGGAGAACUAUAAGAACAAGGACACUGCUGAGUAAUCCACCUGUCAUGGACUGAAAGCAGAUCUGAUUUUAUUGCUUUUAUCGCAUGUCGGGACCACAGUCUCACUGACCUUCAACUUAACUGAACCGGCGGAGCAACUCCUCUCCCCUGAGCCACCCAGCUACCUCUCCAUGCCAUCAUAUACUCCAACCAUUCCAAUCUUACACCGAUCUUAAUACCUGUAAUAACAUAUUACCAUGGGUGAUUCAGUUGUCUUUACAUGGAGCCUGUUACAUUUUAAAUAAAAUGUUAUUUAAAUCUUAAAA